AUGACUGUUGUUAAGCAGCUGUUGCGUCAUCCUCCCGUCCAGCAGAUGGCGCAAACUCACCGCGUGUUACAUAAAACAGCAGAAGAAGAAGAAGAAGAGAAGCGCACAGUUCGAGCAGUAAUGUUCAUUAUGAGAGAUCAGAUGGAUGUGAUGUGCUGUAAAUCAGUAGGAACUGAUCUGUCCAUGCUGAAUAUUGAUGAUUUGAUGACAGAAAUCUCUCAGCUGAAGAAAGAGGUGGCGUUACUGGAGUCAAAGCUCAGACAGAGAGAUGAACUCAACACAAAGGAUGUAUCUGGUGUCUCUCUCUGUGGCUUUACUGAUCAAACAUCUACAGAUCUUCUGGUUUCUGUCUGUAAUGAAGACCAGAAGACAUCAGUGAAUCUGCUGGACUGUGGGAUAGAAGUGAAACAAGAAGACACCGAAGCAGAUGAAGACCUGACGGAGCCAAAAGAAGAAAUCACAAAUGCAAGAGAACCGACAGAUCAAGAUCAGAAAGCGGUAAAGCAGGAAAUUUCACAACUCAAUGAAAUGGAGGAGAAACCUCAUAAUUUGAUACCCAAGGAAGAAUCUCUGAGCUGCUCGAUAACUGUGAGGAAUUUUUCCCCUAAAAGAAACAACAAGCAAAAGGCAAAAGUCAAAGAUGCUUUUACGUGCCCUCAGUGUGGAAAGACCUUCACAUAUAAAUAUAUGCUUAAUAAUCACAUAAGAAUUCACACUGGAGAAAAACCUUACAGCUGUGAUCAGUGUGGAAAGAGUUAUGGUCGUAAGAGUGAUCUCAACAGGCACUUGAGUAUUCACACUGGAAAAAGGCCUUACAGAUGUGAUCAGUGUGGAAAGAGCUUCAGGAAUAAAGCCCACCUUAAUGAACACACGAGAAUUCACACUGGAGAAAAACCUCACAGCUGUGACCAAUGUGAAAAGAGCUUCAGUCGUAAGAUUGAUCUCAAUAGACACAUGAGGAUUCACACCAAACAAAGGCCUUAAAAUACCCCUACUACGGUAAUUUUCGUAUUUGAAAAGUUCAGAUGCAAAAACCACUGAACGCAACCUCGGUCAAAAAUGAGAUGAUAAUAUUAACCGAAUGCUUUUGGCAUGUAUUAUACAUUCAUCAAGUAGUUUUGCUUUAAAUACGCUUAAUCCCAGUCUCAGGCCAUUCAGAAAUACCAGUUUGUUGGCAGAAUCCAUUAAGAGUCUGAUAGAAAUUAAAUUUUUGUUAGAAAACACAUCAGGGUGGUUAUAGACUGGAGGUUCUCAAAGUUUACAUUCAAAGGUCCAAAUCUGAAUUCUCAUAAUUUUCAUAGGUCUGGAAAAACUGGUUAUUACAAAAAUUGUCAAGCAUGGUAAUAAUUUUAUGUAAAUAAUUUGUUUAUACAACAAAUCAAAACAAAUCCCUACUGAAAAAUUUAUCUAAGACCAGCAUAAGCUGGUAGCUGGUUUUAGCUGGGAUAAGGUUGCAGUAGCUGGUUUAAGCUGGUCCUCCCUGCAUGGCAAAGCUGGUGGAUCAGCUAGUCUUCCAUCCUGACCAGCUAAGUCCAGCUGAAAAGUGACCAAAACACAGCUAGAACAGCUUGCUACACCAGCAAAACCAGCUAAAGCAAAGCUGGGAGACAAGCUUAAACCAGCUUACCAACUUAUGCUGGUCUUAGCUGGAUUUUUCAGUAGGGAUAUUAACAAGUUUAUUUUACAUUUGAAGUAAAAAAAAAAUAAACAUGAAACACGUGAAGUAUGCCAAAAGUAAACAGGUGCAAAUUGCAGAGCAACAUAAUAUGAGAAAUGGCACAGUUUGUUUUCCAUCAGAUGCACAAACCGUGGCAAAGUAGGUGUGGUUGGUAGACGGAGACACUGACCUAAAUUAGGGGUGCACUCAUAACUUGGCCGAUGAUGCUUGCUUUGCUUGUUACUUUAGACAGACCAUCAAUGAAUUACGUUGAAAUGCCGCUACAUCCAAACGCCAGAGGGCGCUCUCGUGCAGAAACUCAAUAUUCGCUGCAGAUGAAGAACAAUACACAGGCAGCUCCAUAGAUAUUUACACUAGAUGUCACCUUGUCUACAGCAGUUCAUUGGACCGAAUGCGUCAAAUAGAGCCGCCAUCUUGAAACAGGGGAACCCUGCAUCAGCGUCAUUGUAGGCAAUGGUGUAACGGAAAUAAAAUCACCAUAAAUCGUCAUGAAUGCGAUUUUCUUGGUUUUCUUUUGGUUCGUUGCAACAGUCAGACAUUUAUUUAGCAUUGAUUCCAGAAAAAAAUAAAAGUUUUGAUAUUAUGAAAAUCUACUUUUUCUAAUUAUAAUGCAUAGUGCUAGUAGGUCUAACAUCAAUACGCAGCACAAAAGUCUGGCACCGGCCAUGAAUUUUACCAGUUUUACCUAGCUACUUCCUAUGACAAGACCCCUGUUCCAAGAUGGCGGCAGUUUUGACGCAUGCUUAGAACCCCAAGGCGACAUCUAGUGUAUAUAUCUAUGACGCAGCUCCAGGAAAUGUCUUAAGGAUAUGUUUAUAUUGCUGUUCUUUAAACCUUUUCAGGUAUUUUCAUGAUAAUAAAGAAUUUGUAUAAUGAUUAUGUUUGACGAGUGUUGCUUUUUCAAAUGCGUGUUUUAAAUGACUCAAACAAACAGUGAUUUCAGAUUGAUAAGGACUUACUGAUCAAAAGCUGUAGUACAUGAACUAGCUGUGCAUAAUAUCUGGGUGUGAUGGCUACAGCGCGUCUCACAGGAAAUGUUUAAAUAACUCGUUUUAUUUUCAGACCAGGAAUACUCUUAAAUCGAAAAAGAUGAAAACUAAACUAAUGGUUUACAAGUUUAAAAUGAAUUAUUAAAGAAGCAAAUGCACACAUUUGAUCAAUCACAUAGAAAUUAAUGCACUUGCAAUAUGAAGUGUACGCGGGUCCGGAACAAGUUCCCUUCGGAUCCGGACCGGAGUCCGGACUUUGAGAACCCCUGUUCUAGACCCUUUUUGAGUUAUAUAAUCAUUUAUUAAAAGUGGCUUCAUCAAAAUAAUAUUAGUGUGAAGUUUAACUGGAAAAUGAGUUCAUUCUGUGAAAAGAACCCACAUCUCCUUUUUGUCCUUUAUUAGGAAAGAGUGAAAGCAAAUAUUUCACAAAUUGUUAUAAAAUAUAUCUGCUGCUGAAUUUCCAAGUAAAAUCGACCGUAGAGGAACAACCAAAUUUGAUUAAAACGUUGAUUUGAGAGGGGGAAACAUAUAAAGAAAUGCAGUAAAGUUUAGGAUGCUCAGUUAAAUGAUCUCAAAUGCUUUAAAAUGGCAACAAAAACCCAAAACACAUGGAAGAAAACAAGCAAUAUGGUUAAUACAGAUUGAAGAAUAGUCAGGAUGGCAAAGCUUCAGCCUUUCAUCCCCUUUACAAAGAUAAAAAAUUAUCUAAAAUGAUCUGUAAGUACAGUGACAGUCAGAAGGCAUCUGAUUGAAGCUAAGCUGUUUGCAAGAAGCCCCCAUAAAGCACCAGCUCAAAAAACGGAAGGAAGUAUAUAUACUUUAUGUUUUCCGCUUACAGUUUAAAUACAUCAGAAUACUUGAUAAGAUUAUGUUGCCCUUGGCUGAAGAGGAAAUGCCCCUAAAAUGGAUGUUUCAACAAGACAACAACCCCAAAUACACAAGCAAGAGGGCAAAAUCUUGGUUCCAGACAAAAAGGAUUGAGGUUAUUAUGGAGUGUCCAGCUCAAUCCCAUGAUCUUUACCCCAUUGAAAACUUGUGGGGUGACAUUUAAAAUGCAGUUUCUGACACAAAGCCUAAAAAGUAACAGGAACUGUGGAUCUUGGGCUAAAAUAUCUGUUUCUGGUGCCAGAAGUUGGUUAAGUUGAUUUGAGACAGAUAUGCAGCAGAUAUCAACAACAAUGGUCAUGCAACUAAAUAUAAAUAAUUAAAUAGUUUGAAUUGAAGUUAAAUCUCAAUAAAUUAUUUCAGUUUAUAAGUUUCUACGGAGAAAAAUGUUAACACUGCUUUUUUUAACAUAUUAAUAUUCAUUUUAUUUGCUUCCCUUUAAAAGAACAAUACAGACUUGUAAACUGUGUUAAUGCUUUGAUUUGUAAUUUAAUGUGUAUGUGUUAUGUUUUCAAUACAUUUGAAAAAUGGAAAUAAACUCUGUUUUUUCUGCUUUAUUCACUUUUAUUAGUACACUGCUAUUAUUUUGAACACAACUGUAUGUGUGUAACUAUGGUGAAUGACUGUUGUUAAGCAGCUGUUGCGUCAUCCUCCCGUCCAGCAGAUGGCGCAAACUCACCGCGUGUUACAUAAAACAACAGAAGAAGAAGAAGAAGAGAAGUGCACAGUUCGAGCAGUAGUAAGUGUUGUGAUGUUUUUGCUUUUUAUUUGUGUGUGAAUAAUGUGUGUGUUUUAUUUGUGUGAACGAAGUU